GCUCUCUUUCACUCACACAAAUUCUCCAACCACCUCCACUCUCCCCAUUCUCUAUACUCCACUAUUAGGUUAAUUCUCCCUCUUCACUCACUCUUUCAUUUUUCCCUCCCUCUUUCUCUUUCUCUCUCUCUCUUUCGCUUUCUUUCUCUGUCUCUCUGUCUGUCUGUCUGUCUGUCUGUCUGUCUGUCUGUCUGUCUGUCUCGCUCUCUCUCUCUCUCUCACACUCUCUCUCUGUUUUGUCACUAAGCUUUUCAGUGACCAACACUGGACUCAUGCCCACUCACUUGUCCCCCUUUGCAUUCUUCCUUUCUUUCUCUUUUGGCUCUCUCUCUCACUCAAUCACUCUUUCCCUCUCCAUCUCUACUUUACUGAGACCUAAACUGCUACUUUGAAUGAUAGAGGGGACCCAGUGUGUAACGCACACACUCUGAGCUAAUUUAGAGAGCUGUAGCAGGUUGGAUCAGGAGCCCCUGUCUCUCUUUCUAUCUCUCUGUCUGUCCGCUCAUCUGUGGUUGUGUAUGGGAGAGGAAGGCUAACAUGGACUUGGUGGGUCUCUCUCUGCCUCUAUUACUUGUGUUUUGGCAAUGGACAACUACCACAGGCGCCACCGUGACGUACUGGACGUACACGGGUUCAGUAGGCCAGUCCAAGUGGGCGGAUUACUUCCCAGACUGUGGUGGUAAGGCCCAGUCUCCGGUUGACGUGGAAACGGUCCAGACCCAGUAUGACCCCUGCCUGGGCCCUCUUACCCCCCUCGGUUAUAGCCAGCACGGCAACAAACCCUUCAGCCUCUACAACAACGGACAUACAGUGGUGGUUCCUCUCCCAGGCUGGAUGGGUUUAGGGGGGCUGCCCUGGCAGUUCACGGCCGUCCAGAUGCACCUGCACUGGGGCAACGGAGCCCCGGAGGCCGGGGGCAGCGAACACACCAUCAACGGUCAGAGCUCCGCUGCAGAGUUGCAUGUGGUGCACUACAACUCAGAGCUGUACCCUAACAUGUCAGUGGCUAUGACCCAGCAGGAUGGACUGGCAGUCCUGGGAGUCCUCAUAGAGACAGGUGAGGAGGCUAACCAGGCCUUUUGGAACAUUCUCAACUACCUGGGUCACGUCAGACAUGCAGGUCAGAGUGUGUCCAUCCCAGCCUUUGAUGUCCAGUCCCUCCUGCCCUCUGACCUGGGGCGGUACUACCGAUACAAUGGCUCCCUCACCACUCCUCCCUGCUUCCAGAGUGUCCUCUGGACCCUCUUCACAGAGACCGUCAAAAUCUCACACACACAGCUGAUGAAGCUGGAGACAGUGCUGUAUGCCAGUAAGGAGGACGCUGACCGCGUCGUCAUGCAGGACAACUACCGUACACCUCAACCACUUAACGACCGGACCAUCCUCUCAUCCUUCCCAUUAGAAUCAGUGAAGGUGUACACUGCAGGAGAGAUCACAGCGAUAGUAAUAGGAGCUCUGUGUGGCUGUGUUGGUCUGGCUGUCAUCAUUCGCUUCAUAGUGAAGACUAUACGCUCCACCUCUAGCUGGGACGUCCUGCCCAGCGUCCGGCCCGCCCCCGUGCCCAGGACUAAGGAGCCAGGGAAGGAGCUGAAACAGGACGUGGCCCUCAACAUGACCUCUGAACCAGGAAAAAAAUAAGAUCCUGUCCCCUCCUCAGUCUGAGACCAAUCAGAGACCUCCAUGAAUGACCCACCCCCCCCCCC